AGGAGGAGAAGGCGGUGGCUCGAGUCUUCUCCAUUCACUUGCUGGCUGGAUAGCUGCUCCUCUGCUCUCGUCCUCCAAGCAGACCCAAGAGACAGCUUCUGCCCUUACUUCUGCUGGAGGUCAUGGAGAGCAUCCUGGGGUCUAGGUCCUUGGGCGAGGAGUCUGUCCAGAUGUGGGAGCUCAACAAGCGCCUGGAGGCCUACUUGUCCCGGGUGAAGUCCCUGGAGGAGGAGAAUGGCCUCCUGAAGUCGGAGAUCCAGAACCUGAGGUCCAGUCCCUUGGAGGUCUCCUGCUGGAGGGGCCACUACGAGGAAGAGGUGGCCUCCAUGAGGGCAGCCCUGGACCAAGCUUUCCGAGAGAAGCACGCGGCCGAACUGGCCCGCGAAGCCCUCCACGACCAGGUCCGGCAGGUGAAGGGCCAGUGCCAGAAAGAGCGAGCGGCCCGGGAAGAGGCCAAGAGGCUCUUGGUGGCCGGCAAGAAGCAGCUGGAGGAAGAGCGGAGGGCCGUGCUGUGGUUGCAGAAGAAGGCAACCCAGCUGGAGAAGGAGGCCCAAGGGCUCGUGGAAGUCCACCGCGAGGAGCUCGCCGGGCUGGAGCGGGAGGCAGGUGGCUUCUGCCGCAGCAUGGAGGAGGGCUUCCGCGUGGUGGCCCCACCGGGAUGCUUCCAGCCCCGGGAGGUGGAGGACUAUGCCCAGCAGCUCUCCGCUAUCUGGCAAGGAGCCGUGGAGACCUACAAGCGUGGUGUCUCCCAGGCGGAAGCUUCUCUUGUUCAGGCCAAGGAGGAGUUCCGGAGGGCCUCCCAGGGCAACCGAGAGAGCCAACUCCAGCUCCAGCAGCUGGAGGCCGAACUGACCGACUUGACCGGACGCAAAGAGGCCUUGGAGGAGAGCCUCUCCCACCAAGGGCAGCUUCUGCAAGGAGAGGCCGAGAAGCUCCAGCUGGCCGUGGAGUCUCUGGAGGAGGAGAAGCACUCACUGCAGGCUCAGAUCGCCCAAGUCCUGGAGGAGCGGCAACAGUUGAUGCACCUGAAGAUGUCCCUCAGCCUGGAAGUGGCGACCUACAGGACUCUUCUGGAGGCAGAGAGCACCAGGCUGCAGAUGCCAAUGACAAUGGAUUUCAAGUUGCCUGCUGGACUCAAAGAUCUGAGAGCAGACGCCAAUGGUGGCAAAGCCCAAGUGGGUCGCCUAGGUUCCCGAGACUCCCGCCCGAGCCCGGCUGCCUUUCCGAAGGCAAACACAAAGCCUUGGUCACCUCGGAACAUGAUGGAGACCUCCUUUGUAGCCAGCCCUGCCUCUCUGAUAUCCAAGAGCAGGAGCCCUGUCGCCAGGGAGUUCCAGAAAGCCAACACCGUCUUGCAGUCCCAAUCUACCAAAGCUUUCAACGUGGCACUGACCACUCAGGAGGAGACCCCAACCUGUGUGGAUUCACCUACUUUUAAGCUUGGUGCAUCUCAACAAAGCCAGGUCGUAACGGCGACGCGGAUCGAAAGUGUUUCUCAGUCCUUCUUCCAUGAAUCCUCUCCGGCCUUCGACUCCAUCAGUCCCAACAUUCCAUACGUCUUGGAAGAGCCGGGCGCCAAUGACAAAGAAGAAGGAAAAGGCAGAGAAGAAACUGCUUUCGAUGUGGAGAUGAAGGAGAAGGAAGGCAUCGUUGAGGAUGAGAAGCAGCCCAGUGAUGAACCACCAGGAAAGGCCUUCAGCCAGAACGCGAUGGUGACCGAAACAUCAGAAAUGGCAAUCAAAGAUGUGAACAGGGGAGAGCUUCUCCUUGAACCAAGCUUGCUCAGCACAACAGGGACACACAAUGGCUUUCCAUCCAUUGACAAAGAAAACAAUGCCGUUCUUGUUCCAGACAGGAAAGAAGUCGAUGCCACGGACAAGCUGCACAAAGACUGGGCGGGAGAUGGUCAACCGGCAGAUUGGCAGGAGGACGUUGAAGACUUUGAAGCCACUAUUGAGAUGAAUGGCAGUCAAGUGGUCCAUGCGGAGCAUCAGGAAGAGGAGAGGGAGAUGUCCCAGAAGGCAGGACCACUGGAGACUGGAUUGUUAGAGGAAGAAGGAAUUGGGGAACAAAGUGUGUCUGGCACUCCCAUUGCUGGAGAAAUUGAGAAGAAUGAUGAUGAGGAGCAUCUUCCCACCUUCCAGGCAGAUGAACCUGAAGAGGUUUCUGAAUGCACAGCACCAGCAAAUUUGGAGAAAGAGAUGCCUGCUAAGGAGGACACUGAACCUUUUCCCAGCCACGGUGAUGAUCCUAUAGGCGCAACUGGAGGGUCCUUAGAAGAGAUGGAAGGUGGGACAGAAGACCUCGAGGUGGUAAGUACUGAAGCCCUUCAUCUCUCGGAAGAUGAGGAGAGGAGGGAACUCUGGAGCCCGUCUAGGGAGAACGAAGAGUACGACCAGCAAGGAGAGAUGCUAGGAAAUGAGUUUCGGGAGGCGGAAGUAGAAAUUGCUGCUCGGAACUCUUCUCUCCUGAGUCGCAUGACUUUGCCUCCAGAAGGACAUCAAGAGGAGCAGGAAGCGCUUGAGGAACCUCUUUGCCAGACGGAUUCUGCCAUGCUGGAGGAAGGUACAAUCCUGACUGCAGAAGACUUUGGUGCCGAAGAGGAUGAGGAUUCUCCAAGGAAAGAUGGAAAUGCCUUGCCGAAGGUGAUGGACAGCAGGAAGGCUGAGGAAGAGGAGGUUGGUCAGGAAGGAGAGGACCUUUCCAGACACAGAGAUCUCUGUGAAGAAGAGAAUGACUUGGGAAACAAAGAUAGCACCGGAAAGGAGGUUUUCUCAGACAUGGGGGCCGUUGGCUUACAAGAUGAUGCCUUUGAGCCAGAGGUCACCUUGCAGCGUGAGGAGAACGUUUUGGAGCAAGAGAUCUUCACAGGAGAGCAAACAGAAGGAGUCGAGGAGGGGAAGACAGAGGAAGAGGAGGCUUCUCUUGAGGCUGGUGGUUGUAUCCUGGAAGGAGCUGAAUUGCAAAGAGGUGCAGAAGUAACAGAGGCCGAGAGCGAGGAGGCUGCAGGCACUUUGGAGAUGGAAGAAAUAACAGGUCACAUCAGUCCCCAUAACCUGGAGGAAUUGGGCAAAGACACAGAGGGCUCUGAAGCUGAGCAGGUGAAGUUUGAGGCACGAGGGGCUGAAGAUGAGCAGCACAUUGUCUUUGGGGAAGAAGAAGCCACCCAAGAUCAGGAGGCAACCAUUCUUGAGCCAAGUUCCAUUCCUGAUGCCACCUGGGAGGCAGAGGUUCCCUCAGAAGUACAGAAUGACUCUCUCCAUGGGUCCGAAUCCACAAGCCACAUGGACACAAGGGACUUUCAGCCACAGAGUGACUCUUUGGAGUCAGAGGAAUCCCUGGAAUCUUCUGAUACCUCCCCAAAUGCCACCCAUGAAGGAGACGGGAUCGAUAAGGAGCUGGAAAAUGGCCGGCAGAUUAUGCUGGAGGGAACGUUGCCCGACCAUACCCCAUUGCGUGCCUAUGAGGAGGAGAUGUUACCCAUCACUGGGGAAUCCCAGCCAUUUUCAGAGGGUAGAGUGACCACCGAGCCAUCCCCUGAGACCACAGAUGGCUCUGGGUUCUUGAAAGAGGAGACCCAGCAAGUAUUGGAGGAAGAGAGUCCAAGCAGCACCACGCCAGAAGGAAAUGACAAAGGACAGGAAAGGAUCAAGGACCAAGACAGCGGUGACAUGGAGCCAGAUGCUGAUGAGUCAGCUGCCAAAGAUUCAGAAGAAACCAAGGUGGAAACAGCAGAAGUUCUCCAACAGAACCAAUCCCCAUGUGCAACAACACUUGAGCUGUCUGGAACAGAAGAGGAUUUUGUUCAUGAUCCUGAACACUUAGAGGUGGAAUCUGAGAAACAGGCUGAGGAGAGAAGCCCCCAACAAGGAGGCAACGUGGAAAAAGAGCUCGUAGAGCAGACGCCAGAGGAAGACACCGGUGAAGAUUUUGCUUGGGAGCCCAAGAAGGAUAGUGUUUUCCAGGCAGAUCCCUUUGAUCCUGGUUGUUCUGAGGGAAUCAUCCCUGCGGAAGAUGACAGUUCAAUGGAAAUGAGUGACCAAGAGAAUACGGACACUCAAAGGCCCCAUAAAGAUUCUCCUCUGACCAGCGUGGCUGACUUGGGGGAGAUUGUGCUGGAAGAAGAACGACCAGGUGGCCAGGACAAGGAAACCGGAUCCAAAGAUCUGGAGUGUGCUGAGAUGGUGUCAAAUGUCCAUGAAUCCCACCAGAUCUUUGAGCGAGAGAGCUGUGGAAUGGAAGACCAUGCUCAAGAGGUCAUUCCAACGGGCGAGGCGGCUGUGAGCAUCUUGGCAGAUGACAUGAAAGACUCUGACAUCAUGGAGAUUGUGGAGCAAGCCCACAAUCUGAAAGACUUGGACAUCCUGGAGAUUGUGGAGCAAGCCCUGGAGUUCAACCAAGAGCGGAUCAAAGCUGAGCAGAGGGCUGAGGCUGGGCCACCAUUCACGGGAGGAGACACAUACUCCUUCUCUGAGGAAAAGAGCUUCAGUGCUUCUGUCAUGUCAUCAGCCCAGAUCGUGACAGAGCCAGAGAGCCCCUCCCUCAAAACCAAAAACCCAAUAGAAUCCACUCAUUUGUGGCCUGAAAGCAACAUAAAUGGUCUACAGGAAGAGCCCAACGUUGUGAAUUUCCCUGAGGAGACCCUCAAUGGCCUUCCCAACAGCACGGAGGGCAAUGUUAGCACUUCUGGAGAAGAACAGGGCAAGAAGGUCUCAAUCCCUGAAGAAUUCACUAGAGAGGAUACAGAGGAUGACCUUCUCAAGGUGGAGACAGUAAGCCACAAGCCACCAUCCAUUGAAGAGCUACAGAGAGCUGGAGAUGUUGGCUCUGAGAUCCACGAGAAAGCUUUUCUGGACCACCAAGGCCGGGAGGCCCUGGAUGCCCCCCAGAGCAUAUUUGCAGAGAUCCUACAGACUGCUCGAGGGAAGGAGCGGGAGCUGGAGGGGGAGAACCCCAUUGGCCCAAGCUUUGGAGGUGACCUUCUCCACCUGCAGCCCAGCCAAUGCCUGAAGUUCCGCCCAGAAGAAGAAGAAGAGCCCUGGUCUUCAGAAGGCAACGGAGAUGACACCCGGUCCAACCAUUAACUCUGGCUUGGGGCAAACAAAAAUCACCGCUGGUCAACAGGGACAUUUUUUUUCCAUCCCAAUUUCCUCCCAACUUUUUUUCCUAGCUUUCCUUCCAUUUGGGAAUUCAAAAGAGGCUAUCCAAAAGACAAUCAAAAGCUUUGAUUACGUAUGGAGUAUUUACUAGACAUGUCCAAAAAAUCGUUUUGAAUCGUAUAUCGGAAUUAUUUCGGAUUGUUCUCGCUUUUUGAUAUGCAUUCCGAGACAUUGUCUCACAGCGCAACCAGCAAUGUAAUUCGAACCAUUGUUGGCCCAUUCUCUAAUUGUCUCUUAAUGUUUCAUUAACCCCUCCCCCCCAAUUUUUUAAAAAUAUAUUUUAAAAAAUAUUUAAAAAAAUUUUUUUUGUUUCUGCAACCUACCUAAAAUGGGAGCUUAGCGCAGCCUAACAUGGCUGCCACUCCCAGGCCAAUCAGAAGCUUCCACAAUGGACGCAAAGGUGGGGGCUAGGGUUGAUGAGGAUAGCUCAAGAAAUGAGGGCGGGAGAGCCCUGUAAAAGUCCCCCACCCUGGUUCCUUAUUUUUUUGGCGAUUGCGCAUGCACGUCCGCCAUUUUAGAAACAUUUAGAAUCAUUACGAAUUUUUGGAAAUAUCUGAAAUUUUUGGGUGAAAAAAUCGGAAAUACUUUCUAUAUCGAAGUGCCAGCGCCCCUUACUUUAGAAACGAGAAUUGAAACAUUUUUUUCAUUGAUCGGACAUGCCUAGUAUUUACCCCUAUAACACUUUAUAUUCUAUGUUAGCCUGUAUGUUGAAAGGAACCUUGUAGGCUAUAGCAGGGCUUCCUCUGUGGGCUCCUGUCUUCUCUCUACACCGAGAUGCAUUACCUCUUUUGCUGGCUGUGUCCGUGGAGAGAUCUACAGGUUAGUGGCCUUCAGUUUGAACCCAUCCAGUGACAUUUUUACAUAGAUAUGCCCUUACCACUUGGAACUGCCAGAAAGUACCAUUAAAGUGUUCAGUUGAGGAGGGUUUAUGUUCCAAAGUCCAAAAGUGAGGAGUUCCAUGAAACCUAUAACCCUUGGUGUUGAUGCUGGGUUGCAAGAGAAGAUUCACCUCCGUAGUCAAGGUGGAUUGUUGUCUCUUCUCCGGGGCAUCUUCCAUUUCAUUAUGGGGUCUGAGUUGUGCACAGACAAUUCCUUCUUUGUGCUACAAAGUAUGGCACUGUUGGAGACUAAUAACUAAACACAAACAAUAUCUGAAAAAUAUGCACCACGAUAAAGGUUCAAAACAUAGAACACAAUAUGUAUAUUAGAGCAUCAUAUACAUAAUAAUGUUAACAAUAAUACAAACAAUAAUACAAACAAAUAACCAAAUUCUGUCAGCUGUAGUGGCACAGAGUCGUAACUUACAAAGAUUUAUAGACUGCAAUCAUACAGAUUUAAAUGCUACACAGAGCAGUUUUCAGUAUAAAACAUAUAUCAAACAUAUCAACAAGACUGCAACCAAAGUUUGUUAGCGGCACAGUGUGUGUACAUUCAGUCUCUCCAACUGCAUGUAAUAUGCUGUAAAAAUAAAUAUAUCAGUGUACAAAUCAAUUGGCUCAAACCUGGUUUGGAGUCAAAACAAAUCAAAGUCUCUGUAGUCUUGGAGCAGUUCUAUAGGACUCCUCAGGAUGUAAAUGCAGUCAAUUAGCCGUAGCUUCAGUUUGUUGACAAUAAACAGCUUAUGUAAACAGCUUACUUUGCUCACAGCCAGCUACUCUAAAAUAACAUCUAAUAUACAUAUACCCUAAUAUACAUAUUGUGUUCUAUGUUUUGAACAUUUAUCGUGGUGUAUAUUUUUCAGAUACUGUUGGAGACUAGCUCGGAGGGGAAGUAAAUGAGAGAAUUCCAGGAGAGCAAUAAAACAAGCCUUUUAUUGUUAUCACAGCUGAUGAUAAGGCAAACAUCCGUAGGCACCCACUUUAGUGGGUCCAUACCAUGCAAAUGGCUGUCACAACAUAUGCAUAGCAAACAAAGAAUAUAUACCUUUGGCUUAUCUAAAAUUGACCAAUAGCUGAGGGUCUUCCUCCCCUUCCACACCUACCUUUGGCUUAUCUAAAAUUAAACAGUGGCUGAGGGUCUUCCUCACCUUCCACACCUACCUUUGGUUUAUCUAAAAUUAACCAAUGGCUGAGGGUCUUCCCCACCUUCCACACCUACCUUUGGCUUAUCUAAAAUUAACCAAUGGCUGAGGGUCUUCCUCACCUUCCAAAACCUACCUUUGGCUUAUCUAAAAUUGACCAAUGACUGAGGGUCUUCCUCACCUUCGACACCUACUUGGCGUAAAUGAUACCUGUGACCUCACUUGUUUACUCUGAGCUUUCUUCUCUCCUUGGAACUUCCUGGAGAAAGGCACCAGCUCACAGGAAGGGAGGGGCAUAUGCAGGGGCAAAGCUACAUAGGCAAAAGUUUACUAUUUUCUGGCUUAAGGUCCCUUCAGCACCAACUCACAAGUGGAACUUGCAGAAGUUAUUCCACAUCAUUUGCCCUAGAUUGAGUCUUAAAACUUGGUCUGACGUUGAGAUUGAGUACCAUGCUUCUGGAAUGAGCAACCAUUACAGGUUGAUUGUUCCCCACACAACAGGAGAAGCCUAGAAAUGAAGAGGGAGAGGAGUUCAAAACAGGCCCUGGAAAAAAAAUCCCCAAAUCCGCAGCAUUAAUGUGAAUGAAUAAAGUUCCCUCCCCUCUUUCGCCUUCCUAACACUGUUCUUCCUAAGAGAAUAAUUUCUAAUCCAUUACUUGCUUGUUUUUGGGUUGCUGAUUGUCCGUCCGUUUGUGUGUUUGUGAGUGCAUAAUUGAAGAGCAGUGGCAUUGCGUGACAUUGUGUUGGCCGUGUUUAGAGCUCUGGGGAUCCCACCGAUUCUUGACAAAGAAGGAUAAAGGAUAAUUUCGUCCUGCAAUAAGAAUUUGGUGCAGAUUCUCCACCUCACCAUUGUAGGCCAUUGAUUCCAACCACAGAUGCCCAUGGGCAGCUUUCGAUGACAAAAGCAAAGGCAGCCGUGUGACGGUGGCAACGCUUGUGCGGAGAGGAGGGCUGCUGACCCUGAUUCUUUGCAAAGCUAGCAAAAGGUUUCCUUGUUUGCCCCCGUGGGUCUUACAUUCAGCGUUGUGCCACAGAGCCAGUGUGGCAAAUUGUCCAAAGCCGAUGCCUGUGCCUCCUUCGUAAGCUAAUAAAGCAAUGUGACUUCCCACUGUGCCCAAAA